AUGUCGCGCCUCAGCCUCACCGUGCCGUGCGUCCUCGCCGCCGCCGUAGCCGUCGCGGUGGCCGUCCUCGCGCUAGCGUCCGGCGCGGCGUCGCAGGCGCCGGGGCCGUCGCCGCCGGUCGACUGCUCGUCGGCGGUGACCGGGCUCAUCGGCUGCCUGCCGUACGUGCAGCAGGGGAGCACGCAGGGCAAGCCCGCCGGGGAGUGCUGCAACGGCGUCAAGGCCGCCCUUAAGAGCCCGGCCACCGUCGCCUGCCUCUGCGCCGCCUUCGGCCAGAACUCCGGCAUUCAGGUCAACCUCACCCGCGCCGCCGGGCUGCCCGCGGCGUGCGGCGAAGACCCCGCCGCCUUGAACAAAUGCAACAGUCAGUACUACCGCCCUCAUCUCUGGUUUACAGCUUCUUGUUCGUUUCUUUCUUGUGUUGAUUUGUGA